AUGGCACGCAAGCGAGCGCUUGCCGCCCUUGCAUUGGGCGUCUGGUCCGCGGGCUUUGUGAGCCCCUUUGGAGCCGCACGGGGCAUCUCCCAGGCUCGUGCUGCGGCCACCCGCAGGCCAACAUCGAGGACCAGCGUGACCUUGAGCGGCGCGGCCUGCCUGGCCACGUUCGGUCUGUCUGCAGCCCUGGUCCUCAGGCACGCCGUGAUGGUGGUGGCGGUGCCGUCUGGUGGGCCGGGAGGCCCUUGUCCUGCCGGCUGUGAGGUGCGCGCCGCGGCUCCUCCCAAAGGCUUCGGUCUCUUUGCCUGUUCGAGCUGCUCCGCCUACACCGACAUGUUCACGGAGGAGCCUCUUUUUGCUAUGCAGCAUUCCGGCAAUCGUCGCGUGGUCGCCGCUUGUGCGCGCUGCUGUGGCUUCGUGCCCUCUGUUCCUUUGCAGCUGGAGGUGCUUUUCGGUGAGAGCCGCUUCGCUCCUUUGCUGACAGCCCUGGGGGAUUUGCCCUCCAGGUGGCAGGAGAGUUGUGGAGAAGGACAAGCGGCUGUGGUGCGAUGCAAGCAAGGCUGUGGUGAAAUCUACUGCUCCGAGGCCUGCAGAGAUAUGCACUUCCAGCACUCUCACAACCUGCUUUGUGUCGGUCCUUUGACGACGGAGGACCACCCGCUUCUUCGCUUCAAGUACCACGCCCUCGAGCAUGCUGACACCCUGCUCUUGGCUGCGCAGGUCUUCGCCUUCCUCAUCAACCGCGCCAAAGCAGCGGGUGGUGGAGCGGAGGUGAUGCAAGGCCUGAUGCAGGAGCUCUUGUGCUUCUGCCAUGCGCCCUUUCGGGAAGCGUGCAGACCACCUCCUGGCCGGUCCAAGGACGCAGAGUUCUAUGCCCACACAGACGGCCUCGUGAACGAAGCGGCGGCUCUGCUCCGCGCCGCCCUGGAGCCGCACGCCCCAAAGGAGGUUGGAGCGCUCUUUGCAACUGGGCCGAGCUUCUUCGCUGAAGUGCUGGGGCUUUUCGAGUACAACAACAUUGACCUCGAGGUGCAAUCGCCCGUGGGGCCACUGCUCCAGAACCGAGCCAAAGCGCUUGCACCCCACAUCUCGAAUCCUCAGGCACUAGCUGAGCUCAAGCAGUUGGAGGCCUUGCUUCGGGAGAAGGAAUGGGUAAUGCGCUGCAUCUGGGGCGAGGAGACGACGGGGAUCUUCGGCGACGAGGCCGACGUGGCGAACGCGCCGGGCGAUGCCGAGCCGAUGGACAGCCUCAUGAAGGCUGCUGAGCAGGGCAACGAUGCCGAGGUUGCAAGUGCAGCCAUGGCCCAAGCCACCGCAGAAGUUGCCGGGCUAUCCCUCGAGCAGCUGCUGCAGGGCGUGUGGCCGCAAAUGCACGGGACGGCGCUCUUCGCUUCAGUUGCUCGCAUGAACCAUUCCUGUGCGCCCAACAUGAAGGUGGCGUUUCCAGGAAACUCGGCCCGCUUGACGGCGACUUCCGUCUUGAAUAUCUCGCCGGGUGAUGAGCUGUGUAUCUGCUACGUCAACCAGGAAGCAGACGUUCAAACACGCAGACGCAGGCUUCUGGAAUAUGGCUUCACGUGCACUUGCAGCAGGUGUUUGGCCGAGGAUUCUGCGACACUUCGAAAGGCUCAGAAACGGCUCAAGCGAUCCCCAGGAGUUGCUCGUGAGCUCAUGGGUGGUGGCAGCAACAAGGAAGUGGCUGGCGACAGUAUCUACGACUUCCAGGUCAAGAACAUCGAUGGCCAGGAGGUCUCGCUGCAGGAAUAUUCGGGCAAAGUGGUGCUCAUCGUCAAUCUCGCGAGCAAAUGUUUGACAAAGACCAAUUAUGCUGAAUUGUCAUGGGCCGAGCAAUACUGCACCAGCCUUUACCGAACCGCCGUAGGAUUCGAGGCUCGCUUUGCAAGAGAUCAUGUCUUUGAUGUGCUUGGAUUUCCGUGCAACCAGUUCGGGGGCCAGGAGCCGGGCACCAAUGCCGAGGUCAAGGCUUUUGCCCAGUCCAAGUGCCCGGACACUUUCCCCCUUUUCGCGAAGAUUGACGCUCCUUUGUACACCUUCUUGAAAGCCAAGCAGGGAGAGCUGCUGGGAAGCGACAUCAAGUGGAACUUUGCCAAGUUCCUGGUGGACCGUCAAGGACAGCCUGUGGCUCGCUUCGGGCCGCAGCAGGCAGAAAGCUGUAGUUCCUCAGAAUGGUGGGACUUGCUGGCGAUGGCUGCAGCGAUGACAGUGAUGUUGACGACAACUACUUCUAAUUGA